CCGCUCUAGCUAUCCACUCCCCCGCCCCACACACAUUCAUGCCCUCCUCUCCCGCGUCGCCGUCACCAAUUCACCAUCAUUCCCUUCCUCCCUCUCCCUUCUUGGAUCCUUCGACCACGUCUCCUCCUCUCCUCUGAUCUCCCCCCAUAUCAGCAACCAAACCUCCCAAUCCCCUAGCGGCAAUCCCUCCCAUGGCCCUCUCCUCCCACGCCGCCGCGGCAGUCACCACCUUCUCCCAGGCCACCCGCUCCUCCUCCUCCCACCGCCUCCCCGCGUCCUCCGUUGCCCCCCGGCCCCCGCCGCCCCCGCGUUCCGUGCGCCUCGACCGCGCUGCGGCGCCGCUGGCGCCCCUCUCCCCCGCCGGCGCCGCGGCCCCAGACGGGCUCCUCGCCGCCGCCAUCGAGCACCUCGAGCGCGAGCCCGCCUCCGCCACCGACGACGCGGCGCCGCUGUCGGCCCUAUCCCCGCGGGAGCUGCAGCUCGUGCUCGUCUACUUCGCGCAGGAGGGGCGCGACGCCUACUGCGCGCUCGAGGUCUUCGACUGGCUCCGCCGCGCCAACCGCGUCGACGGCGAGACCAUGGAGCUCAUGGCCGCCAUCGCCUGCGGCUGGAUCGAGCGCCUCGUGGGGGCGGGGGGCGACGUGGCCGACGUCGCGGCGCUGCUCGGGGAGAUGGACUGUGUCGGGCUGCGGCCCGGGUUCAGUCUCGUCGAGAAGGCCGUGGCGCUCUACUGGGACCGCGGGGAGAGGGACCACGCGGUCGAAUUCGUCAGGGACGUGCUUAGGAGAGGGGGACUCGGCGCGGGAGCGGAGUACGACGGCGACGGCGAGCGGGGAGGCCCCGUCGGCUACCUCGCCUGGAAGAUGAUGAUGGAUGGGGACUAUCGGGAUGCUGUCAAAUUGGUCAUUGAAUUUAAGGAGAGUGGGCUGAAACCAGAGGUGUAUAGUUAUCUCAUUGGGUUGACUGCCUUGGUUAAAGAGCAAAAGGAAUUCUCAAAGGCUCUGCGUAAAUUGAAUUCAUCUGUGAAGGAUGGUUCAAUUUCUAAACUGGAUGCUGAGAGCAUGGGCAGUAUUGAAAAGUAUCAAUCAGAAUUGUUAAGUGAUGGUGUUCUUUUAUCAAACUGGGCAGUACACGAAGGCAGCAGCGAGGUUCUAGGACUUGUGCACGAGAGGCUCCUCUCAUUGUAUACUUGCGCUGGUUGUGGCUUGGAAGCUGAGCACCAACUUUGGGAAAUGAAGCUUCUUGGUAGAGAACCUGAUAGACAGCUCUAUGACGUUGUAUUGGCCAUUUGUGCAUCUCAAGGGGAAGCUGCUGCUGUCCGCAGAUUGCUUGCAGGAGUCGAGUCCAGUGCUGGAAGAAGGAAGAAGUCCAUGUCAUGGCUCCUGCGAGGCUAUGUCAAAGGUGGCUUCUAUCUAGAUGCCUCAGAAACACUCAUGCAGAUGCUGGACAUGGGCUUAUUUCCUGAUUACCUGGAUAGAGCUGCUGUACUGACUGCACUGCGGAGAAACAUACAGGAAUCCGGCAGCCUGGAAUCUUACAUGAAACUCUGCAAGCGACUGUCCGAGACAGAUCUGAUUGGACCUUGUAUCGUAUAUCUAUACGUACGCAAAUUCAAAUUGUGGAUGAUACACAUGCUUUGAAGGCUCCGACAAAGCCUUGCAUCAUAUACCUAUGCGUAGCAUGCAUAUGUGGGUAGUCCAAAUGCUUCCAGGGCUCUAACGAACAAAACAUAGAAGCUCCGACAAACCAGCUGGUACAUAAUUACGUUUCCUUUGUAUAUUUUUGACCGAAAAGGAGAUCUUGACGAGCCGCUCAUCCUAAGCAGGACUAUUGUCGUACUGCUGAGCAGAGUACAUAUGGUACAUGUAAAUUUUCAGUGUUACUGUUACCAUAUGCGGUUGGUGUUGAAAUCAGGGCGUUAGCGCGUAGCUGCACAGGAGAUCUGCAAGAUGGAGAAGAUUGUUGAUAAAUGUACAUUUCUGUUGGGACUUUUACUUGUAAAGUUGUGCUGAUAUACAUCCUUCUCUUGGAUUUUU